AUGAACGCAACCAAAAGAAAGUUCAACUCGCUGAUUCAGGGCAUCGGCAGCCGGUCGUCGACACCUGCCAACGACACGGGCACCACCAGCGAUGCAGCACCUUCCGCCUCCCCUCGACCUGCCUCUCUCGCCUCCCUCCACACCUCACCAGCGACCAUGGCCGUCGAAGAAGACCUGCUGCAGAAGCGACGGCGUCUACAGGCGCUGACCGACAAGCGUGCCGCCGCAGCGAACACCAUCAAGUCCCUCGGCGGCACGACCAAGGUCUCGAACAUUGUGCUGAAGAAGUGGAACUCGACCAGAGAACCUGCCGACGCGGCCAAGCCGGCCUCCAAGUACGCACCCAACGACCGCGCCGAGCUGCUGAAGAGGCUCGCCACCUUCCAGGAGAUCACCGACUGGACGCCCAAGCCCGACCUGGUCAACGAGAUCGAGUGGGCCAAGAGGGGGUGGGUGUGCCAGGGCAAGGAGCGCGUGCGCUGCACGCUCUGCAGCAAGGAGCUCCUCGUCAAGCUCACGAAGAAGGAGGUCGAUGGCCAGGACGUGCCCGCGCUCGUAUCGUCGGAUGUCGAGGAGGCGCUGCAGGAGAAGUAUGCCGAGCUUGUCGUGACCGCCCAUCAGGAGGACUGCCUGUGGCGGAGGCAAGGCUGUGACGAUUCAUUACUGCGGCUGUCAUUGACGAAUGCCAAAGUGAGCCACGAAGCUCUACGGCAGCGGUACGACGAGCUCUGCGCCCGGAAGCCGUUCCUUCCCUAUGAAUUCAACCUGCGACUCCCCGAAGGCCUCGACAUGGACGCCGUCCUUUCACAACUACCCGAUGACUUUUUCAAAAACCCUGCUCCCCGACCAGACAUGGACCAUCCGAACCGCGUCGCCCUCGCUCUCGCCGUCAUGGGUUGGCAGGGUCUUUCGAAUGCUAGGAUCGGCGCCGUGCCCAACUCGGCGUCCUGCCACACGUGCCUGCGCCGACUCGGCCUGUGGAUGUUCAAGAGCAAGGAGGUCGGGCCCAACAACGAAGUGCUCGUCCCCGCGCCGAUGGAUCACCUCGACCCGGCCAGGGAGCACCGCUUCUUCUGCCCGUGGAAGAACCCCCAGACCCAGCGGUGGAACAGCACCAAACCGUCCUCGGAGAAGGACCUGCCUGCGUGGACGAUCUUGACGCAGGUCAUCAAGAACGACGCAUACCUGCGGGCCGCUUUGGAUGACAGGCCAAAAAGCCGAGCGCGACCUAGCACUGCCAAGCACAACACGGACAAGGACGGCAACGGUCCGCCCUCUACUCCUCGACGGCCGAGCAUAGCCGCGACGACGAUUGGCGAUCGGGGCGGCGUCUCGUUCGAUACACCGUCUCUGGCGGCGCAGGACGGCGACGACGAGGAUGAGGAGAAGGUCCGCGACAAGAAGGACAAGGAGAGGUGGGCUCGUCUGAGGAGAGUCAAGAGCUUGUUUGAGACCAAAGCUGGGAAGAAAUCUCGGAAGUCUCAGAGUCGGCCCGGCACGGGACAUUCGACUGCGUCAGCGCUGACAGGGACGGUUCCUGUGGAGGCCACCAAGGAAUAA